AUGCGACGUCGAGGUGGCGCAUGGCCUGAGCUGGAGCAGGCCAUGGCGCGGUGGAUCGCAAACGCUGGGCCCGCUGGCGUGCCUCUGACGCUGCAGACCAUCCGCGACCAUGUCGCCACGAUGGCACGGAACAUGGGCAUUCCGCCCACAUUCCGAUGCUCCAUAGGCUGGGUGCGCCGUGCUUUGAGGCGCCAGGGAGUGAGGUGUCGGGCAGCACAAGGCGAGGCGGCUAGUGCGGACAUGGCCGCCGUGCGCCACGCACGUGAGAAGCUGCCGCAACUCCUCACGCAUCUCGGUGUCACCCCGCGGGACACGUUCAACAUCGAUGAGACAGCGCUCUGGCUGUCGGUCCUCCCUCGGCGCACGUACAGCAACGGUCGGAUUCCGGGCCGCAAACUUUCGAAAGAGCUGCUCACCGUGGCAUUCCUCGUCAAUGCUGACGGGAGCGACGUCUUCCGACUGGACGUCAUCAGUAAGGCUAAGCGGCCGCACGACUUCCGCCCGGAUUAUGACCCGGAGUCCCUUUGCUACUCGCGGCACAACGCCAAAGGCUGGAUGACCUCGCCGCUCAAUGCUGCCAUGUACGCAGAAAAUCGCAAGAUUUUGGUGCUGCUCGACAACGCGAGCAGCCACAUGCUCCGCUCACAGCUCGCGUGGAGCGAGAACGUCUGCGGGAGGCGGAGGACCUGCAUGAGCAACGUGCGGCUCGUUUUCUUGCCGCCGAAUACCACCGCCUUCACACAACCGCUCGAUCAGGGCAUCAUAGCCACCGUAAAAGCCCGCUACCGACAGCAUUGGCUGCAGGCCUUCACGGCCUUGUGGAACGGCGAGGGCGCGACUACCGCCGUCGCCGGUUUCCGCCCCAAUUUGCGCGAUGUCCUCGCGUGGCUGUCGGACGCGUGGAUGUCUGUCGGCGAGCGCACCAUUCAACGGUGCUGGUGGCGCACGGGGUGUCUGCCGCUGUCAUGGUCCUUGGAGCUGUCGCAUGUACACGACGAUGAGCCCACCCCUGCCGUCUACCCCGACAUCGAGCUCGACGACGACAUCGAUGAUGUCGGGACUCUCAUCAGCGGCCUCGCACUCGGGAAUGCGGCGAUGACGGCCGCAGAGUACGUCGCCAUCGACGACGGCGAGCCGACGAGCGCCGAGGGCGCUGAGGGACAGCCUCCGAACGAGCCGGAGUCGGGCGUAGACGCCGAGCUCUGGCAGGCGCCGACUACCAUUCCAGCCGUCUACGACGACGCCGACCCCGUGUGCCGCGAAGCGCGCCGCACUGCCCGGGCGGCAUGCGAGAUGCUUAUAGGAUACGCUCGGGCCACCCGCAUCACGCCGCGCGAUCUGUGCCAUCUAUUCGAUAUACGCAACCCCAUUAUAAUCGCGCGGAUGGAGCGGGCUAGCCCGUCGUUCAACCUCAACGUGGCGCCUCAGCCCGUACCCUCCCCGGGCGCAACUCCCACGCCCGAGACCCAUCGUCCGCGCGGUCGUGUGCUGCCCGACUGGAUGACCCGCCCGUCUCGCCGUCAGGAGCUGUUUGACGCCGGUGUGGGCGCCGUGAUGGACGGGUAUGUGGACGCGGCUGAGUGGAUGCGUAUGUGA